CACGGCCAACCAAUCGGGAGCAGCCCCGCGGGCGCUUCUUGAUGACGUACGCGGAAGCGCGCAAAGCCCCGCCCAUCCCCGGAGAAGCGGCACCGGCGCAGGGCUUCCGGGAGUUCGGCGACGGGGUCCAGGAGUGGCUUGCUCGGGCAUCGCUCCGGGGUGCUCGGACGUGAGGCCGGAGGAGGCCACGCUCUCCGCGGAACUUGAAAGCUCCUCCCCAGAUCCCAGCGUGUCUGGCCGCCCCCUUCCUGCGCACCUCGGCUGCCAUGACACACCCCCACCUGGUUCUCCCUGAAGCUUAAGCAAGUCCCUGGAGCAAGGAUGGAUGCACCCCAAGUCGCUCAUCCAGAAGGCGGAUCAGACCGGAGCAGGCGAGUAUGGGCCUGAGCUGCAGUCACCAAGAUUGAAUCUUUGCCAUGAGCUUGAUGGCAGAGGUGCCCAGUCAGAUGGAAGCAAGCACGCACCCGGCUGCGGAGACUGAUGGUGACUCGGGGACCAGGCCCCAGUUCAGCGGCCACGGGUCCCCGGUGCCUGCCCAGCCCCUCAGCAAAGACCCGGAGGAGAUGGAGGCCGAGGGCGACUCACCCCCCGAGAUGCACUUGAACGGGGAGGAGGAAGAGAGCGAGGACGGGCGCAGCGGCAGCCAGACAGAGUCCGAGUCGGAGAGCUCCGAAAUGGACGAGGAGGACUAUGAGCGCCGCCGCAGCGAGUGCGUCCACGAGAUGCUGGACCUGGAGAAGCAGUUCUCGGAGCUCAAGGAGAAGCUGUUCCGAGAGCGGCUGAGUCAGCUGCGGCUGCGGCUGGAAGAGGUGGGGGCCGAGAGAGCGCCCGAGUACACGGAGCCCCUCGGGGGGCUGCAGCGGAGCCUCAAGAUUCGCAUCCAGGUGGCAGGCAUCUACAAAGGCUUCUGCCUGGACGUGAUCCGGAACAAGUACGAAUGUGAGCUGCAAGGCGCCAGGCAGCAUCUGGAGAGCGAGAAGCUGCUGCUGUACCAUGCGCUGCAGGGGGAGCUGCAAGAGCGGAUCCAGAGGCUGGAGGAGGAUCACCAAGGCCUGGACCUGGGCUCGGAGUGGUGGGACGACAGACUGAACGCCAGAGGUACUGCUCAGUCCUGGGACUCUCUGCCGCCCAGCAAGAGGAAGAAGGCCCCGCUGGUGUCUGGCCCCUACAUCGUGUACAUGCUGCAGGAGAUUGACAUCCUGGAGGACUGGGCGGCCAUCAAGAAGGCCAGAGCAGCUGCGUCUCCUCAGAAGAGGAAACCAGAUGGGCCUUGACCACACACGUCUGGAUGCAGAAAGGCGGCUGAGGCGCCCGGCAGCCCCCCAACUCCAACUCCUCUGCCACUUUGGGCCAGACAGUGGUGACUGAAGUGACCCCGGAUGAACUGCCCCGCCAGGAGGUUAAGGGCUCUUUGAUGCACCCCCCUUACCAAGCCCCAUGUGGGCCCCACUGUGUAUAAGCAGCCAGGAAUUGGGGAGCCUGGCUCUCGGUGGUGACACCAGGCACCUCUUGUCUUUCUUGGGACGGCCUCCCGAGUUGCAGGCCUGGAAUAAACAAACUCCUGGUAUUC